CGUCAUUGGAAGAAGCACGUGAUUUUUAUAUUUACUAUUUACUGGCAUGAAUUGGAUGUUGGCUUUCCAUAAACUAAAAAAAAUGUGAAUGUGUUGAGUCAGUUGAUGGCUGAUGUGGACUAUCGCACGUGCACCAGCGCUAUAGGAAGUUGCACCGAAGGAAAUCAAGGAAAAUAUGGAAUUUGUUGCAGUUCAACUGCUGACCAUCUUACUCCCGAGCACUUUAGGAUAGUAUUGUACAAAGAAUGCAGAUUCAAAGGAUCUCAUCUUUUGUUCGACACAUCCGUUCUGAACGGGAAUACUUCCAAAAGAACAGACGGUGCAGGUGCAACAAGUAUUCAUAACAGCGUAGAACAUGAGGGUCUGGGGCGAUUGCCUGAGAUUAUAUUUGGUUCAACUGCCAUGAGAUACAAUGACACCUACUUCAAAGUACACGACCUGUCUCAGCAGCACCUCAUAUUUACACAGGUGUUUUCCGCGCAAUAUGGACAAAAAUUUAGGGCUCUGCAACCUUGUGGACUUUUGCCCAAAUCAGCUACUUCAGUCGCAAUAGAACAUGGAAUAAUGGAUAGUAGCGGAGGAACACUUGGUGAAAUGGAAUCCUUCAGUAAGCUGAAGUGGCUCAACAACCGCAACUCGACAAUAAGCACAGACUCAGGGAUUGGAGAGCAAUCUUUCAACAGUACAUUGUUUUCCAAUUUUCAAUUUGACAGAUCUAGUACAGCAACGAUACCAAUAAUGACCAGUUUAUCACUCAGCAAUUAUAGUUCUUGCACCAGCUCCACGAAACAGUUACACAGCAGUUGUUCAGGAAAUCCAAGAGAACGAUUUAGUAGAUUUGGUAUAGCGAUUAUAGUUUCUAUUACGUCACAUAAUAACUGUAGGGAUUUCUACUUGAAGCACUUACUUUACGUACAGUCAAUAUUGAAUCGACUGAAAUACUACUUAUUUUGUACAUACAACAAUCCAAACUUUUUCUAUGAAGUCAUGUCAGAGAUCUCCAAAGCAUCCAUACAAUGGCUAAUAGACUUAGCAGAUGCUAUAGCGAUGAAGAGUAUAUCUGAUACAAACGAAAAUACAGUGGAUACAGCCAGAAAACUGAAAAUUACUUUUUCUCGAAUUAUAAAUCUAUUCAGUAUUAAAAGUGAGACUAAUGACGUGAGCACUGAAACGGGGCAAUUUGACCUGUUCUGUGAUACUUUGGUUCGAUUAAAUACGAAAGAGAAUAAAUUGUGAGUACAGCGAAAAGAUGAUACAUAUUUUAAUUAAAGCCGAGCGAAAGUCAGUUUUUUGGACGAAGCCGAACAUUGGCUUAUUCAUAAAUAAUAAACGUUUGUGCCUCUGGAUCCAGCUCUUAUGAGUAAAAAUCACUUUUUUAAUGUGUAAUUUUGAAUCUAUCGAAAAUAAUUUGAUCAGUAUGAAUACUUAAAUCUAAUUAAGUUGUGUUUAGAUUAAAAUAUUAUGAAACUAGAUAUUUAAUAUACCAGUAAGAAAGUCAGUUAAAGUAUAUCAGAGAAAGACACAUACAGUUUUGGAAUUCUGAUAAUUUUAUUCGCUUACCUAUAAUCGUUGAAGUGGUAUACUCGAAGCCUUUCGGUAACGAAGUCAGUGAUAUAUUCAUUGGUAUAAAUCUGAUUUGAUUUAAAAUCUAACAUGUAAAAUACUUGUCGCGUGAAAUAUUCAAGUACAAGUUAGUUUCAAAAACAAAGUAAAACCGAGCAUGCUGUUUUGUUUUUUGACAAUGGAAUAAGCGUCAUAAUUAAAGUAGUAUUUGAAGCUAAUUAUGAUACAAGUGUUAAUACUGUCAAUAAUAAAAUAUCAGAGCCAAACAAUGGUAGUAUGUUAACACCACAUAGUAAACUGGCUUUCGUGUUAUCAUAGGUUUGUCUUAGUGCCCUAAAUACGAGGUGAAUUAUAGUAUUAAUAUUCAUUUAUUCGUCUACGCUAAUGUUGUCCUCUUCAGCGCUUCUUCCAAUCCUAGAAAAACUUCCCAAACUCGAUCAUUGAGAUAGCGUUUAACUCUUUCAGCGAUGCGCACUUAAUAUCAUCAAAAUUAUGAUACAAGUGUUAAUACUGUCAAUAAUAAAAUAUCAGAGCCAAACAAUGGUAGUAUGUCAACACCACAUAGUAAACUGGCUUUCGUGUUAUCAUAGGUUUGUCUUAGUGCCUUAUAUACGAGGUGUAUUAUAGUAUUAAUAUUCAUUUAUUCGUCUACAGGUCUACACUAAUGUUGUCCUCUUCAGCGCUUCUUCCAAUCCUAGAAAAACUUCCCAAACUCGAUCAUUGAGAUAGCGUUUAACUCUUUGAGCGAUGCGCACUUAAUAUCAUCAAUGCUUGUAAUAAGACGGCCCCUCAAGUUUCGCUUUAUUUUUUUAAAUAGGAAAAAGUCACACAGAGCCAUGUCUGGCGAAUAUGGAGGCUGAGGUUUUAUUACAGUAUUGUUCGUGGCCAAAAAUUCACGACCAAGCAAUGAAAUGUGAGCAGGUGCGUUAUCGUGGUGCAAAAGCUAUGAAUUGUUUGUUCCUCCUACAGAUCCGGGCGUCUUUUUCGGAUUCCUAGUCGCAAACGGCGUUGACCUUUCGACGUCAUAUUCCAUGUUUUGUCACCUUUUAUAACACGUUUCAGUAAUUCUGCAUUGCCGUUGACUUCAUUUAGUGACAUUUGAGCAAUUUCCAUUCGCCGCUGUUUUUGCUCAAAAUUCAACAUUUCAGGAACACAUUUUGCCAAUCAUCAGAGACUUCUCUGAUUGUGAUUAAGCGAUCGUACAUAACAGUUUAUUUCACUUUUUCGAUGAUUUCAUCGGUUGUUGAUGUGUACAUUCUUGUAUUAGCCAUAGAACUAUAGGCCCUUGUUGACAUUUCACACACUUUAUUUGAAUUUUUACUCAAAAUUUGAUUUAAAAUCUUUGAUUCAUUUCUUUGAGCAAACGAAAAUCGCCGAUCUCAUAAAAAAGUCUAAUCUUAGGGGCUGGCACAAACAAAGUCAGCAAUCGAAACAACAGAAAUUUUUAUUAUAUGUUACUUUAGGGGCAUGUAUACCAAAAUGUCAAUCUCUUCAAACCCGCGAAAUUUAAGCAUUUUUUAUUUGACAAUAUGUAUACUGGUGUCAGGCUAACAGAUAACUCUUCUUAGUCUAAUCAUAUUAACAAAUUUUUCGGAAAUAAUUUUGUAUUCGAAAAACAUAUGUUAUUAUAUACAGUUUUAAAUAAAGCGGAUGUGUCUAUCAACUUUUGUUGCGAA